GCACACGCUGCUCCGUGUUCACUUCCACAUAAACAAGAGCAGUGUGUGGUGGAUAGCGAAAAACAUGGAGCAUCGCUUUGACAGGGCAGCAGCGGUGCUGUCACCCCUGGAGGAGUCCAGCGCAGAGGUGAGCAGAGACAGCGGUAUCGUGUCGCAAAGCGCCAGCAGUUUGUCUAUGGUGAGUGAGGCCCUGAGCAGCGGUACCGUGUCUCAGAGCCCGAGCUUCGGCGCCGCAGUGGCCCAGAGCCCGAUCUCAGCAGCCGGAGAAACCCAGGACCAGAGCGCGCCGGAGCAGAUACAAGACGACGAGCUACUGAGACACACGGCCGUCACGUACUCCUCUUAUAUCAGAGCCAACGCUGAAGAAGAGGUCCUGUGCUUGGAGAAAAGCCUGGAAGAAAUGCUUACAAGAGUUGACGAGUUUGUUGGUAUGCUCGAUAUGAUUCGAAAUGACACCUCACAGGUGGUCAAUGAGAACCUACCACAGAUACAAAGAAAAUCGGAAGAGAUGAGAGAGAUUUACCGAAAAAUUGACAAAUUGGAGGGCUUUGUCAAAAUGGUUGGAGCCAAUGUCAAUGCAAUGGAAGAACAAGUAACUCAAGUUGAAGGUGAAGUUGGAACCCUACCAGGUGCCUUCAAAAAGAUCUUUCGCACAAUGGCCGUGCCAGGUUUUUUAAACAAACCUGGAAGCCCUAGAAGGCAAUCACAAAGACAUCAAGAGCUUCCCAGUGUAUUUAAAACAGAAGAUUACUUUAAACCUCAGUCUGAGCAGUAAUGGAGAGAUUCUUGGAUUGACUUUAGAAAGUACCGACCUAGACAGACCAGGUUUCUCCAACAUCAGCAGUGCUGGGAUUGCUAACACAAACAUUUCACAGUCACUCUAUCUGCAGUUUAUUCAAAUGAAUCCUGAUUAAAGCCAAGUGUUAUUUUAGUAGGCAGUCUAAUGGCAGCUAGUUUUAUAACCAAUGGAAGCUUUGGUUUUAAAUAACUUAUUUUUUUUCUGAAGUGCCUCUCCAGGAAGUCUGACACCGUUCCUUAUAAUUGGGAAAGCAUGCUUGGAAAAUGUCAGAACAUUAGUUCAAACGUUUAUAUGAUUUUUAUUCAAACUUGUACAUAGUUUUACAGCUUUAUAAUUGUUUUGCCCUUUGUCUUUUCUUCCAGUGCUUGAGAUCUUUUUGCACUAUUUUCACUAUUGGUAUUUAUCACUGAUAUAUCUUAUUAAGGUCUAAAGUUCGAUGUCUGGCACAUGUUGACAAUUAAUAUUUAAUUAAUUCAUAUAACCAGUGUAAUUGACUCUGGGUUAAUAUGUAGCAUUCAGUGCCGCACUCAGCCAAACAAUCGCCACAACAAAUAUUGUUUUUCAUGGACCAUUUACUUUUAUACUAAUAUGUCCAUGGAGAGUUGUUACGCUAAUUGUUACAUGAUGAUAAAUGUGACUAAUGAUUGUUUGUAAUAAAUUUCUAAAUGUAACCUAUA